ACAUCUAGCAGUUCCACUUCAUACCCAGCAGGAUCUAUUAUUUGGGGAACUGAUAUGAAUCCACCUUACUACCCAGCGUAUUGGACACGAUAUGGGGGUAUGAUGGAUCCUGGGGUAAUAUGGUACUGGGUUAAUGAGGACGAUUGUGAUGCUGAUAGGUUACCAGUCAAUGGACAAUUGUCUGAAUGGAGCGCAUGGUCGAAAUGCGACAAGUUAUGUUCUAGUGAAGGAAAACAGAGAAGGUAUAAGACUUGCAGCAGCCCAGCACCAAGAUGUGGAGGAAGACAUUGUCAAAUAAAAUCUGAAAACCUUUUUGAAGAACGAGGUUGUUCCUCCUGUCCAGAAAGUCCCAUUCGAAGCUAUGGUGGGUACUGUGUUCAGCCAAAGAGUGKGGACUGUAAUCCAGGACAGGGUGGUCUUGCUCUUGUCUUUGGACCGCGUGAGGCUAAUUGCUCGAAGGAUUACAUGCAGUUUUUGUUCGACAGCGAAGGGAUUAUACAUCACAAAUGCAGCGGAAAAAUCGUCUGUCCUUGGGCUAAUACUCCUAAAGGGGGUUCUGGUUUGCUGUUGUUAGAUGAUUGCCCGAAGGACGUGGCAAAACAUAGAAGGCUGCCAUCAAAAUCACUUCAAAACCUAAACACCAAAGCAUGUGUCCAUCCCUAUAACUACUACCCUUCCGAGGGAAGCUUCCUCGGCUACUGGGGCGGAUGCGACCAGACCAGGAUGAUUCUCGAUUUCUUCAAACUGCCACCGCCUUAAGCUGGAAUGACAAGGAUGGAUAACUCAUUCAAGAUAAUGUUUUAUUCGUAAUYUGGGUGCUCAUAAUCUUUAUAAAUGCGGGUAACUUAGUUUAACUUAGAGUGUAAACCUAGAUAUAAACCCCUCCAUAAAAGGGAUGACAUGUUUCGAAGGGGUAUACUACGUACACAUUUAAUUAUAGAAUUGUAAACAAUGCAUUAAAAUUUUUUAACUGCUGUGCA